AUGGCUUCACGGUCUUUCUCCGCUGUACUCGUCGCCCUCUGUGCCUUCCAGGACAUCAAAUUCGUGACGGGCAACGCCACUGACUGCGACACUGAGUGCGCGACAACUUACCCUGGGUCAUAUUGUAAGUAUUGGAAGACGCCAAGCACUUGCUUCGGCUCGGAUGCAUCAUGCUUCUGCGGCACGAGUGAACCGACUGAAGCUCUCCGAGGUUCCACAUCCUCUGCCGCAGUGACGGAUGAGAUUACUGAGGCCACUACAAGCGAAGGAGGUACCACAGCAGCUCCCGAAGCAACGAGUAUGACCGGUUCUGAAGCUACUGUCGAUACCACAGUAGCGGUCAGUACAGCUGCUAUGACCGAUGAGGUUGCUGUCACUACUCCAGCUCCUGUGACUGGCGAAGUGACCAUCAGCACGGCAGCUGGGGAAGCUCCCGGUAGAGACAAGGAUGAUUCUGAUGCUACCACUCAGGUCGCUACGGAGGCUGCGACUGUCACGACUACGAUCGGUGUUUCUGUCGAGCCUACUACUAUAACGUCCCCUCUGCCGGUCAGCACAGCUGCUGUGACCGAUGAGGUUGCUGCUACCACUGCAGCUCCUGUGACUGGCGAGGUGGCCAUUACCACGGCAGCUGGGGAAGCUCCCAGCAGAGACAAGGAUGAUUCUGAUGCUACCACCCAGGUCGCUACUGAAACUGCAACUGUCAUCGCCUCGACUACGAUCGAUGCUCCUGUUGAGCCUACUACUAUCACGUCCCCUCUAUCGGUCAGCACAGCUGCUGUGACCGAUGAGGUCGCUGUCACUACUGCAGCUCCUGUGACUGACGAGGUGACCAUUUCCACCGCAGCUGGGGAAGCUCCGGGCAGAGACAAGGAUGAUUCUGAUGCUACCACCCAGGUCGCUACGGAGGCUGCGACUGUCACGACUACGAUCGAUGCUUCUGUUGAGCCUACUACUAUAACGUCCCCUCUACCGGUCAGCACAGCUGCUGUGACCGAUGAUGUUGCUGUCAUUACUGCAGCUCCUGUGACUGGCGAGGUGACCAUUUCCACCGCAGCUGGGGAAGCUCCGGGCAGAGACAAGGAUGAUUCUGAUGCUACCACCCAGGUCGCGACUGAGACUGCGACUAUCACUACUACGAUCAGUGUUUCUGUUGAGCCUACUACUAUCACGUCCCCUCUAUCGGUCAGCACAGCUGCUAUGACCGAUGAGGUUGCUGUCACUACUCCAGCUCCUGUGACUGGCGAAGUGACCAUCAGCACGGCAGCUGGGGAAGCUCCCGGUAGAGACAAGGAUGAUUCUGAUGCUACCACUCAGGUCGCUACGGAGGCUGCGACUGUCACGACUACGAUCGGUGUUUCUGUCGAGCCUACUACUAUAACGUCCCCUCUGCCGGUCAGCACAGCUGCUGUGACCGAUGAGGUUGCUGCUACCACUGCAGCUCCUGUGACUGGCGAGGUGGCCAUUACCACGGCAGCUGGGGAAGCUCCCAGCAGAGACAAGGAUGAUUCUGAUGCUACCACCCAUGUCGCUACUGAAACUGCAACUGUCAUCGCCUCGACCACGAUCGAUGCUCCUGUUGAACCUACUACUAUCACGUCCCCUCUACCGGUCAGCACAGCUGCUGUGACCGAUGAGGUUGCUGUCACUACUCCAGCUCCUGUGACUGGCGAAGUGACCAUCAGCACGGCAGCUGGAGAAGCUCCCGGUAGAGACAAGGAUGAUUCUGAUUCUACCACCCAGGUCGCUACGGAGGCUGCGACUGUCACGACUACGAUCGAUGCUCCUGUUGAGCCUACUACUGUAACGUCCCCUCUGCCAGUCAGCACAGCUGCUGUGACCGAUGAGGUUGCUGUCACUACUCCAGCUCCUGUGACUGGCGAAGUGACCAUCAGCACGGCAGCUGGGGAAGCUCCCGGUAGAGACAAGGAUGAUUCUGAUCCUACCACCCAGGUGGCUACGGAGGCUGCGACUGUCACGACUACGAUCGGUGCUCCUGUUGAGCCUACUACUAUAACGUCCCCUCUGCCGGUCAGCACAGCUGCUGUGACCGAUGAG